AUGUCGGAUAGCGACCUCGGGGAGGACGACAGCGCCACAUCCCCGGACCCCUCGCAGUCCAACAAGAGGAAGAGAAGGGGCAAUCUCCCCAAGGAGUCCGUGAAGAUCCUCCGCGACUGGCUGUACGAGCACCGCUUCAAUGCCUACCCCUCCGAGCAGGAGAAGCUCAGCCUCUCGGGGCAGACCAGCCUCUCGGUGCUGCAGAUCUGCAACUGGUUCAUCAACGCCAGGAGGCGGCUACUCCCUGACAUGCUGCGCAAGGACGGGAAGGACCCCAACCAGUUCACCAUCUCCCGCCGAGGGGGCAAAGCUGGUGACGUGGCCCUGCCGCGGGGGGCUGCUGCCGGCUCCGGGGUGCUGGUGGCACCUCCCGUGACGGCUGCGGGGGCCUCCAAGGUGCUGUCGAUGUCCGUGUGCCCGCAGGUACUGUGCCACCCCGCCCAGGCGCUGGGCAGCAACCUGACGGUGGGUGUUAUGGAUGCUGCCAGUAGAAUUCUCUAUGGUGCUGUUUAG